GUCUUUCUGAACCAUUAUAUACUAUAGUCUGACGGGAUUAUUUGAAUAUUAGUUUACAUUUAAUUUCCCAGCACAUAGGCUAAAUGCAUUGACCUUUAAGAGCAGAUGCAGCUAUUGUAAACAUGACAUAUCAGAGAAAGUUGUGUCUCUCAUUUCUACCCCCGAGCACUCCUCCAGAGUAUAUCAAUAUGUGUUAACUGAUGCCCAAGAACAUGAAAGAUCAGUUGCCAGAUGCUUUCUUCAUGUACAGGAAACAAAGGGAGGGGCCGACUGAGAAAAAGACCGUCACUGUGUGUGACCCACUGUCAUCCUGUGUGUGACUGCUGGGAGGCUGUGCAACUAAAUGAGCUUGUCACAUUUUGCCUGUCACAUCAUGCCUGAAACUCCAGCAGGGCCAACACAGCAAGAUGAGCAAAUACAGAUUCACACUUGUACAGCCAGCAGAAAAAAGGAAGAGGCAGAUGAAGCAGAGAAUGAAGUUAUAGAAGGGGAGAGACAGGAGAUGCAGAGAAAUUGUAAAGAUGUAGGGGAUGACUGUGAAGAAAUGCAUGGACUGGAGGGGGGAGACCUGCAGGGGUCAGAAUGGGAGAGGGCAGAACUGCAGGGGCUGGACGGAGAGAGAGAAAGAUUGCGCAAGGAAAUCUGCAUGGAGUUGAAGAUUAAGGAGGGAGCAGAAAGACUUCGCAGAGCCACCACAGAGCGUAAGAACUUGGGACAUGUAGAGACAAUGCUAAGAACAUGUGAAAGGAGACUUGAAAGUCUGAAACAGAAGCUUGAAGAACUAGAAGCCUCUCCUACUUCUCCAGACGCCAAUAAAGCUCGUUUUCUUUCUCCAAGCCUUUUACAUAAAUCCCAGAACUCUCGAGUGGCAGAAUUAGAGCGUCAACUGAACAUUGAAAUGAGAGUAAGACAAGGAGCUGACAAUAUGCUGCAGAUGUACAGUCAGGGGGGAGUUAAGGAUAAGAAGAUGCUUUUGACUGCAGAGCAAAUGUUAUUAGACAGUGAUGCAAAGAUCCAAAUCCUUCGUGAACAGAUCCGCAGAGCAGCCCAGGACUCAUCAUUAAUGGGAACAGAAGUGUUGGAACUAUCAUAUAAUGAACUGCGCAUUGAGGAGUUAAGACAUCACUAUCGUAUUGAACGUGCAGUGUCAGAGGGAGCCGACAAUGCUCUGAGACUGCUGGGAAAUGCAAGAGUACAGGACAAGAAUGCUGUCUCUGAGGUGCAGUCUCGUUUAGUGGAGUCCCGACAGAGGCUUGAUCUGUUGAAACUGUCUCUUGAAAGGUGUCUAGAAGAGUUACCGCAUGAUCACCCUAAGAGAUGCAUUCUACGAGAGGAACUGACUCUAUGCAUCUCUCCCACAUGGCUUGGCGCUCCCUCUCUUCCUGCUCCAUACAGUACCAUUUCCAAACCUGCUCCCCUCACAGGCGCCCUAGUAGUUCACCUUCUGGGCUGUUCUGACCUUCUUGACACAGUACCUGGGCGAACACGGAAUUCCCCCGUCUGGUUACCAAGCAGCAGUCCUGGGGAUGGGAAGAGCAUGCGAGCGCGCAGUGGCCGAAGCUUGUACUCACGCACAUCCAGCCUGAGUCGUAGUGAAGAAUUUUCCAGUGAGGUCAGCGUUGUACUGCGGCUAGACAAUGUUGUGGUAGGGCAGUCAGCCUGGAAGCCAGAGAGUCGCGAUGCAUGGGAUCAUACAUUCAAAGUGGAACUGCAGAGGGCUCGGGAAUUGCAGGUCUCUGUAUAUAGGAGAGACUUUCGCUCACUCUGUGCUAUCAAAUAUGUGAAGCUGGAAGAUUUUCUAGAUCAUCAGAAACAGAAAACUGACUUGAAGCUUGAGCCCCAGGGUACUCUGCUAUGUGAGGUGACUUUCUCUAAUCCAGUAAUCGAAAGAUUUUCCAAACUGCGCAGGCAAAAGAAGAUCUUUUCAAAAGAACAAGGCAAAGCUUUUCUUCGUGCUCGACAAAUGAAUAUUGAUCCCUCCACAUGGCUCCGCCUACUGCGCAGAGCAAUCCCUGCCAGCAUUACAACAUUUAGCCCUGUGGAGCGUGAACAGGAUUUGCAAUUAGAGACUUUGACGCUGGACUCUAAACAGGAAGCCAUAAAAGAGCAGGUUGAAGUGUCUGAGAAAAAACAAAACUCAACGACAAGGAAAGAUAGCCAAAGAAGAACACAGAAUGUCUCUCAUUUAUCUCUGGAGGAUUUUAGACUGCUCGCCGUCUUGGGAAGAGGUCACUUUGGGAAGGUAUUGUUGUCCGAGCACAAACCAUCGGGAGAGCUGUAUGCCAUUAAAGCCCUGAAGAAAGGUGAUAUUGUCGCAAGGGACGAGGUUGAGAGCCUCUUGUGUGAAAAGAGAGUGUUUGUGGCAGUGAGCGAGGCCUCACACCCUUUCCUACUCAGCCUCCUGGGCUGUUUUCAGACUCAAGAGCAUGUCUGCUUUGUCAUGGACUACAUGGCGGGAGGAGACCUAAUGACACAUAUUCACUCUGAGGUGUUUAGCCAAACACGUGCAAUGUUUUAUGCUGCCUGUGUACUUCUUGGAUUACAGUUUCUACAUAGUAAAAACAUUGUGUACAGAGAUCUGAAACUGGAUAAUCUGCUCCUGGACUCCGAGGGAUAUGUAAAAUUAGCAGAUUAUGGACUCUGCAAGGAGGGUAUGGGACCAUCUGAUCGUACAUCUACAUUCUGUGGUACUCCAGAGUUCCUUGCACCAGAGGUUCUCACAGAUGCCUCGUACACCCGGGCAGUGGACUGGUGGGGAUUUGGGGUGCUGAUAUAUGAGAUGAUGGUAGGAGAGUCUCCAUUCCCAGGUGAUGAGGAAGAGGAAGUAUUUGACAGCAUUGUUAAUGAUGAAGUUCGUUACCCACGCUUCCUUUCUGCUGAGGCCAUUGCACUCAUGAGACGGCUCCUACGCAGGAACCCAGAGAGAAGAUUAGGAUCAGGCGAGCGAGAUGCUGAAGAUGUAAAAAAGCAGCCAUUUUUUAAGGAACUGGAUUUUGUAGCCCUCUACUCCCGCACUCUGCCUCCCCCCUUCAUUCCAUCUGUCAAGGGACCACAUGACAUUAGCAACUUUGACCCAGAAUUCACAUCAGAAGGGCCUGAGUUGACACCCCCACGUGAACCUCGACCUUUGAACCCUAAUGAGCAAGAUCUGUUCCAGGGCUUUGACUUUGUUAGGCAGGGUGCUUGAGGGCAAGCAGAACAACCUGGGAUCUAUUUUCCUGUUACCCUAAUGUUUUCCUUAAUCUGUUUUCAUCCCACAGAAAACGCUAUGUUAAUAUCUAAGUAUUCUAUCUUUAGCCCUUUCUCUUAAAUUAUUCAUUCUUUACCUUUUCCACUCUCUUUCCACCUCAAAAGAAGCCAUGUAAAUAAAAACCUUUAUAUA